AUGGGUAAUGCGCGAAGAUUGUUCGACAUUUGCGUUGCAGAAAUGAUUGGCACUGCGAUCUUAUGCGGAUUCGGACUUGCUAGUAUAGCCGUGAAUACGAUUGCCCCAGAAAGAGGGAGCUUUCUUCAAGUGCAUAUAUCUUGGGGAGUUGGCGCUAUGUUCGGGGUCUACUGUGCACGGCAUAAGAGUCCUGGGCACAUCAAUCCCUCCGUUACUUUCGCCAAGCUUUUAAGAAGAAAUAUUGAUGUCAUUGAUGGAAUAUUAAUGAUUAUAAGCCAAUGUAUUGGAGCUUUUCUUGCAGCAGCGCUUGUUUAUUGGGUUUAUAUGGAUAUCGACGUUAAUCUAAAUAAUGCGUCUAUCUUUGCAACUUAUCCGAGAAUGGGUGUGACUACGGGCCAGGCAAUGGUCAGUUCAAUAGUCGGUACCGCCUUUAUGAUUCUCUCCAUCAACGGAGUCGCCCAGUCAAAACCAGCACACAAGCCCGACCUCACGCUCCUCCCACUCUACACAGGAGUCGCUGUCAUGACCUACGGAAUAUGCUUCUCUCUGAAUACAGGUUAUGCAAUCAACCCUGCUCGUGAUAUCGGACCGAGGUUUUUCAUCUUUCUCGUCGGUUUCCCAGACAGUUUUGCGAGAGGAAACGACUUGAUUUCGUGGUAUUGGUGGAUUCCGAUUAUUAGUCCGCUUAUUGGCGCUAUUUUGGCGAAUUUCAUCUUUGAUAAUUUCAUCAAAGGUGAUUAUUGGAUUGAUCUUGGAACUUGCAAAAGCUGUUUGAGAAGAAACGAAAUCGAUGAUGUCAAAAACGACGAGAACAAAAAUACGACUGAGCUCUAG